UCAUCUUUCUCUCUCUGUCUACAUUUCUCAAAUGUCUUUGCAAGUUUCUUUCCCAUUCGUCACAUAAACAAACAUCACAAACCUCUUCUUCUUCGUCUUCUCCACUCUCAUCGCAUCUCCUUACACAACAAUAAUUCAGAUCUUGAAACUACACAAAAACAUAAUUCUAAUAAUGUCGAUGAAUCGACAUCUCUUCCCUUCGUACUUCCUCCUCGUCUCUAUCAUCCUCUCCGGCUUCGCAUCCUCUCAAACAUUACCAAAAGAAGAAGUGGAUGUUUUAAGUGCCGUAGCGAAGGUAUUGAAGAAGACUAACUGGAAUUUUAGUGUGAAUCCAUGCGACGACACUUUAACCAACGGUGGUUGGAGAAACCUUAACGCCGGCAAGGGAUUUGAAGACUUCGUUACUUGUAACUGCUCCACCGUUUGCCACGUCACCCACAUAGUUCUCAAGGCACAAAACCUCGAGGGAUCUCUCCCUAAAGAGUUCGCGGGUCUUCCUUUUCUGCAAGAGAUUGAUCUGUCUAGAAACUAUCUCAACGGUUCCAUUCCUUCCGAGUGGGGAACCUUGCCACUUGUAAAAAUCUCACUACUUGGAAACCGAAUAAGUGGUCCUAUCCCUAAAGAGAUUGGUAACAUUACAACCCUUACGAGUUUUGUCGUGGAAUAUAACCAGAUCUCAGGGAAAUUACCUCCAGAGCUUGGCAAUCUACUCAACAUUGAUAGACUCUUUGUAAGCUCGAACUACUUGACUGGGGACAUCCCAAGUACAUUUUCCAAACUUACUAAAUUGACUGAUUUCCGUAUAAGUGACAACCAGUUCACUGGUACUAUACCAGAUUUCAUCCAGAACUGGACAGGACUUGAUAGAUUGACUAUUCAAGCAAGUGGUUUAGUCGGACUGAUUCCUAGUACCAUAGGCAAUCUUGUGAGGUUAACAGACUUGAGAAUCACUGACUUGAGUGGACCUGAAUCUCCAUUUCCCCCACUACAAAACUUGACAUCGAUAAAGCAUUUGGUUCUCAGGAACUGCAAUCUUACAGGAGGGUUGCCUUCAUAUCUUGGGCCGAGAUUAACGUUAAAAACAUUAGAUCUUAGUUUUAAUAAACUAAGUGGACCAAUCCCAGCAACAUAUAGUGCUCUUUCGGAUGUAAAAAACAUAUAUUUUACAAGUAACAUGUUAACCGGGGAAGUACCAAAUUGGAUGAUAGACAAUGGAGCCAAUGUUGAUCUUACUUUCAAUAAUUUCUCCAAUGUUCCAAGAACCUCAGAAUGUCAGAAGAAUGCUGUGAAUAUGUUUUCAAGCACAACCCCGUUAGUGGCAAAUGACCACUCAAAUGUUUCGUGUCUGAGUAGCUACGCAUGUCCUAAAACUUUCUAUGGCCUUCACAUAAACUGUGGUGGCAAUGAGCUAACAAUCAAUACGACCAAGUAUGAUGCUGAUACAAAGGAUAGAGCAGAGUACUAUGAUAGUAGAAACGGUUGGGUUUCUAGCAACACUGGGCACUUUAUGGACGAUGCUCGGUCUCCCGAAGGAGUAAACAUUUGGCAAAAUACAUCAGCGCUUAAGAUAGCAGAUCCUCGUCUUUACACACAGGCCCGUCUCUCAGCCAUUUCCCUCACUUACCACGCUUUGUGCCUUGGAGAAGGAAACUACACGGUUAAUCUUCAUUUCGCUGAGAUUAUGUUCAGCGACAACAACACUUACACCAAUUUGGGAAGACGAUUCUUUGACAUAUACGUUCAGGGUAAACGUGUGGCUAAAGAUUUCGAUAUUGUAACUGAAGCAAAAGGUGCUGGAAGAGCUGUGGUUAAGAGUUUCCCGGUUACGAUUAGAAAUCGGAAGCUUGAAAUAAGAUUGUUAUGGGCUGGUAAAGGAACUCAAGCUAUUCCUUCAAGAGGUACAUAUGGUUCUCUCAUAUCAGCUGUAUCGGUAGAUCCGGAUUUCACUCCACCAAAGGAAGAUAGCCCUGGUGGUGGAACCUCUAUUGGGGAUGGCCCUGGUGAUGGAACCUCUAUUGGGGCCGUGGUUGGUGCUGUAAUCGCUUCAACGGUGGUUCUUGUGCUUUUAAUUGGUGCUAUUUUAUGGUGGAGAGGUUGCUUGAGACCCAAGAGUCAGAUGGAGAAAGAUUUCAAGAAUUUGGAUUUCCAGAUAAGUUCCUUCUCAUUGAGGCAAAUCAAAGUUGCCACUGACAACUUUGAUCCUGCAAACAAGAUCGGAGAAGGUGGCUUUGGUCCUGUAUACAAGGGAGAGAUGAGUGACGGAACCAUUAUCGCGGUGAAGCAGCUAUCAGCGAAAUCAAAACAAGGCAAUCGAGAGUUCUUGAACGAGAUCGCUAUGAUCUCUGCUCUACAGCAUCCACAUUUGGUUAAACUAUAUGGAUGCUGCGUCGAAGGUGACCAGCUCUUGCUAGUCUACGAGUACUUGGAAAACAACAGUCUGGCAAGAGCACUUUUCGGCCCUCCAGAGACUCAAAUACGUCUAGAUUGGCCAACGAGGCAGAGGAUUUGCGUUGGUAUAGCAAGAGGAUUAGCUUACCUCCACGAGGAAUCAAGACUCAAGAUUGUACACAGAGACAUCAAAGCAACCAAUGUCUUGCUGGACAUGGAACUAAAUGCAAAGAUUUCGGAUUUCGGUCUUGCUAAGCUUGAUGAAGAAGAAAACACACACAUGAGCACACGAGUAGCUGGAACAUACGGAUACAUGGCUCCAGAGUACGCCAUGAGAGGUCACUUGACUGAUAAAGCAGACGUCUACAGUUUCGGCGUCGUGGCUCUAGAGAUUGUUCACGGAAGAAGCAACACGAGUGCACGGUCGAAAGGCGAAACCUUCUACCUUCUUGACUGGGUGCACCUUCUAAGGGAACAAAACAAACUGAUUGACGUAGUAGACUCGAGGCUUGGAACAGAUUACAACAGAGAAGAAGCAAUGACGAUGAUCAAUAUAGGGAUCCUCUGCACCAGUCAAGUUCCUUCGGACAGACCUUCCAUGUCUACGGUGGUUAGCAUGCUCGAAGGAAGCUCCACGGUGGAUGUCGAGAAGCUUCUUGAAGCUUCGUUCAGCAGAGGAAACGUGAAAGACGAAGAGAGCGUGAGGGCGAUGAAGAAGCAUUACGCGAUUAUUAGUGGAGAAGAGAUGACGAGUAUGACGGAUCAGAGUAUCAACACCUAUGGACCAUUCACGUCGUCUUCGACGUCCACUGCCAACGCCAGCGACCUUUACCCUCUUAAGCCUGAUUCUGCAUAUUGGAACUCUAGAGUCUAAAUAUGUAUUAUGCUUUUUUUUUAAAACAUUGUUAAAAUAUUAUUUCUUUUCUGUUUUGGUUUUUGAACUAUAAAAUAUUUUAUUUAAGACAAUUAAAAAGGAAUAUUUCAUGUAGUGCGAGUGAAUAUUUAAACAAAAUUCAAAUUAAUCUUUUCUGA